CAGUCCAUUUCAAUCGAUCACAAAUUGUAGUCGCAAGUCACCGUACGAUUUGGCAUACGGUCUCAGCUAAACAUGUUGAUUCAAGAGUCUUUUCACGAUGUGCCAACCAAGGCAGAUGGGAAUGGAACCAUGCGUAUCUAUGUAUUCCAUCCCACGAUCCCCGGGUAUCCAAAGGCCCGAUUCCCGGGCGUAGUUGUAUUCAGUGAGAUCUACCAAGUGACUGGACCUGUGUCACGGUUUGCUAGGCAGAUCGCUGGCCAAGGAUAUAUUUGCGCUGCUCCCUCUAGCUAUCACGAAUUCACUGGCCCAGAGCCAUUGGAAUACAAUGCCGAGGACACGGAUAAAGGGAACAACUGGAAAGUAAGCAAGAAACUGGCUGCGUACGAUGAGGACGCAUCACUGUGUGUAGACUAUCUCUUGUCACUGCCCACGUGCAAUGGCCGUGUGGGCGCGACGGGUAUGUGUCUUGGUGGCCAUCUUGCGUACCGCUGUGCGUUAGAUAGUCGAGUUAGGGCGGCAAUCUUCGGCAAAAACGAUAACCAUGUCCCACCGGAAGGAAGAGACCUGAUUCGCAAAACACUUCAUGACAAGGGGGUCUUGUUUAGCUUUUACGAGGUGGCCUGGGCUCAACACGCAUUUAUUCGUGAUGAACUCAGCAAGGGACGAUAUGACCCCGCCAUCACCAAGGUUUGUUUUGAGAUGCUACUCGAGCUAUUUGGACGUACCCUGAAACUGGAUCUGGGUGAGCACGAUGGUAAGGAAUUGGAGAUCGAGGAUGUAUGCUAA